GAAGAUGCAUUAUCAAGCUUGAUCAAUAAUAUUGAGCUACCCUUAAAACAAGUUGACAACCGUAUUGAAAACUUAACUGCUACUCAAGAUAAUACGCAAGAUAAUCAAGCUAAACUUUUAGAAUCAAAGCCUUUUCGUACACCACUAAAAAGUCUCUCUCAAUCAUCCGAACAGCAAAAUUUCCAAUCAUCUGAACAGCAAGAAUCAUAUGAAUGUAGUUAUCAAACUUCAGAAGAUAGAAUGGAUAGAAAUAUGAUCCAAAUGAAUCCACAAGCAAGCACCAUGAGAAAUCCACUUUUUCUCCUUCCUACAACUAGAAAUAUUGAAGUUGAUUUACCUAAUAUUAAUGCAUUGACUUCUGACCAAAAAUGA